AUGAUUAAGAAAGUUUUAUGUAUCUUUUUAAUUUUGUUUUAUUUGUCAUCUUCGAUAUAUGGAGAUGUAGUUGCCCCAAAAAGUUCUGAAGCUGUUCAUACGUUGACAGCAAAAUUAGAUACAGAAAAUGUAGGUCAUCAGAAAUAUGUAGAUAUAAUAAAUGAAGUUUUUUCCGAGAAUAUGGAUAAUUUUAUAUUUUCAAUAACAACAAGUAAUGGAUUUACAUGUUCAAUAAAUAAAUUUGAUGUUAUAUUUGAUAAUAAGGUAUCAGGUAUGCAAAAGGUAUUUUCUGAUGAAAAUGUACAAUUUAUUAAAGAAGCUUCUCUUGAAUUUAAAAAUAAUUUAUUAGAAUAUAUGAAAAAGGUUAUGCCAUCUGAACAUGAAUUUUCUAAUUUUAGAAGAGAUUUUCAAAAGGUAUGUGUAAAAUAUUUUUCUGAAUUAAGAAGAAAAUUUUUCCAAAUAUAUAGAGAUACAAAUAAUAAAAAUCAAAAUGAAAAUAAUUUUAAUGAUGAUCAUCAUAUGAAUAUUGAAGAAAUGAGUGAACAAUUUUUUUCUGAUUUUAAUCCAUUUGGAUCAAUGAAAAUAAAAAAAGAACAAAAUCCAGAUUUGUCACAAAAGGAUAGUAUAAUAUUAAAUGAAAAUAAUAAUAUUGUUCCUAUGGAAAAUCAAUCUUUUUCUUAUUCUCAACAAACUUCACACAUUUUAAGUUUUGAUGGACAAAAUGAAAACAUAGAACAACAAGAACAACAUUUUGGAGAUAAUAUACAACAAGAUAAAGAUCAAUUAAAUGACUUACCAUUUAAUAAAGAUAAAGUUUAUUCAACCUUCUUAAAAAAUGUAACUCUUCUAAUUGAAGGAAAUUGUACAGAAGCUCAAAAAGAAGAAGAACAAAAAAAAGAAGAACAAAAAAAAGAAGAACAAAAAGUUGAAGAAAAUAUGGAUGCACAAAAAAAACAAAAGGCUAAUGCCUUCACAAUUCAGUUCUCAAGUAGUCUAAGUAGAAAACAUAUAUCUACAACAUGUAAUGCUUCAGCUGGUAAUGUUUUUUUAAGAAAAGGAAACAAACCAUUUGAACACUUCAACAAUCCUAAUUUAGAAAAUAUGAUGAAAGGAGUUUUGGGUUUUAUGCAAAAUCCUUUUGAAAAUGAUCAAAACGAUUUACCAUUUUUUAAAAAUUUUAAUUCCAUAUCUGGAAUUGGUAAUAUUGAUAUACCCAGAAAUUUUAUGAAUGAUUUUUUCAACAAUACAAAUGCUCAAAACACACCAAUAUCGAAUUGA